AAUAAUAAUUAUGAACAGCCUGGAGUUCACGUUGCGCCAUAUCCAUAUUGUUUUAGAUGCCCAGUACACCAGGCGACACCUGAUAAAUAUCACCUGAACAAUUGUUGCAAUGACCCAAUUGAUCAAGUAGAACUAUUAUUAAAACAACAAACUGCACCAAAAGAUACCGCAGCAAUAUUGAUAGAAACUGUGUUGGGAGAAGGAGGCUACGUUCCACCACCAAAGAAUUUCUUUCCAAGACUAAAAGAAAUCUGCAAUAAAAAUGACAUCCUGCUUAUUGUUGAUGAAGUUCAAAGUGGAUUUGGUAGGACGGGCAAAAUGUUUGCGAUCGAACAUUAUGGAGUCGAACCAGACGUUAUAGUUAUGGCCAAGGGAAUUGCAACAAUUGCAACAUUAGAGAUCUUUGAAGAAGAAAAACUGUUAGAUAAUGUUAAUGCCAGAUCAUCUCAACUAUUCUCCUUACUCGAUAAAAAACUUAAACCUAUUCUUCCCCAAGAAGUCGGUGUAAACAUUCGUGGUUUAGGGUUGAUGAUUGGCAUAGAAUUUACCGGUGUACCUUAUGGAUUUGCAGCGUCAGUCGCAAAAGAAUCGCUUGAACAGAACUUGAUUAUACUGACCGCAAGUAUUUAUGAAACUUUGAGGCUAAUUCCACCAUUAAACAUUACUGAAGAAGAGAUUGAUGAUGGCGUGGAAAGGCUAUGUAAAGCUUUAAGUGCGGUUGUGGAAAGACUUGUUAAGGAAGGAAAACUUUAG